AUGGCAAUCCAGUCUAAUGUUGUUACCUCUCAACCUACCCAGUACACAGUAACAACUGGACGUUCUUCAGACUGGAGUACAAAUGUGUGCGACUGCUGUGAUGACUGUGGCAUCUGUCUAUGUGGAGCAUUUAUCCCAUGCAUCCUUGGUUGUAAAGUGGCUCAGGAUAACGGGGAUAGCUGCUGUCUACCUUUCCUCCCAGGUGCCAUGAUUGCUUUAAGAACAAGCAUACGUAGCAAAUACAACAUUGAGGGCUCUGUGUGUGACGACUGGGUGGUCAUGGCCUGCCUGUCUUUAUGUGGACUGUGUCAGAUGGCGACAGAGCAGACGAUGAGAUAA